AUGGCUGGAUUCGGGAAUGUGAAGAUUUCGCAUCUGAGAAAGUAUCAUGCGCAUUUGCUGCAGCAAGCGUUUGAUAUGAAGAUGAGGAUCUCGUCUUACUGGGCGAUUGUUCUGAGGAGGAUCGUGGACAGCCUCGCGUUGUAUCUUCAGCUCUCUGUGAAGUAUCUGGUGAAUAGUCAGUUUCAGAAGGAGGUGGUGGCGGAGAUGGUGGAUCCGAGGGGCGGCGGAGGAGUUGAGAGGAUGAUGGAGGAGUCGCCGUCGGUGGCGAGCAAGAGGGAGAAGCUGAAGAACAGUAUUAAGCUUCUGAAGGAGUCCAAGGACGCUGUUGCCGCCAUUGUUGAUCAGACUUCUGGGUAUGGAGAUCGUUGA